GCAGCUCCCCUCGAAGUCUUUCGGGCGAACCGCUCCGCUCCCAUUUUCCCAUUUUCCGGCUGGGGGUCAAGUCAUGGAGCCAUGGACUCGCUGGAGAAGCUCCAGCGGGAUCUCGGGGAGUUCACCGCGCGGGCGCUGCAAAAAGCGCUGCAGGAGCUGGGGCACCUGGCGGUGUCUGGGGGGCACCUCGCCAAGCGCCUCGCGCUUUCGUUGGAGCAGGAAUGGCCGGAGGCCAUUGCAUGGGUGGUGGUGGCAUCCGGACCUGCCUGGCUGUUGCACCUCCUGGUGGUCCGCAGGCCGCGGUGCUCGGCGGCGGGGGUGCUGGCGUGGUCUGGCUGGUUGGGCCUGCAGGUCUACGCCAAGGGCCCCACGGUGUUGGAAGCGACCCGGGACCGCGGCAUCGCCGCCGUGCAGGCGACGCGGGAGGUUGUACAGAAGUCGGUGGUCAUGGUCCAGGCUUGGAUCGUGGUCUUCCUCCCAUUUGUGAGCGAUGUGUGGAGGCAUGCUAGCUCCACCUGGCGCCUGCUCAGCUUCCGCGCGCGGGUAGCGCUGGUGGGCGGCCCCGUAACCAUAUUCCUGCUGGCGAUGGCCUACCGCAGGGUGGCUAGAGCCUUCCGGGAGCGUCGGGCGGCCAUGGAGCGGGUGGUCAAGGCGGUGGCGUUUCAUGGCUCCUUCGCGCUGGUGUGCUAUCCGCUUUGGCGCAUGGCAGGCUUCCUCUCGCCCAACUGGCUCUACUUCACCCUGCGCCAUUUGUUGUCGACCGUGCCCGUCCUGGCCAGCCUGGCGGCCUUGGGCUGGCGCCCGGACUGCGGCCUGGCCUUCAGCUUUCGGCAUCAGUUGGCCCUGGAAGCCCCGCAGCUGGCACUGGAGCAGCCCAACGGGCAUCGGACGGGACGCCGCAACAGCCGAAGGUCCGCGGCAGCCGCUGCUUCGGCUCCUGCGGAGGCCGCGCCUUUGGCUCCGGCUGCGGAUGCAGCGACAGCUCCGGCCUCGCCCGACAUGCAGAGGCUGUGGCUCUCCUACUGGGCCACUUGGCCGGCGCUGGUGGCACUGGAGCAAGGUCUGCCCUGGCUCGUGGAGCUACUGGACCUGCCGGAGGUGGCCGAAACGCAGCUGAAGUUGCGGCGCGGGGGUGUGGUCCUCCUGCUUUGGCUGCAGGUGUGGCAGGGCAGCCACCUGCACCUCGCCUUUCUGCGAUGGCUGGUCUCCCGCCUCAGGGUGCUGGAGGUCUUGAUGCAGCUGCUGGGCCAGCGGGGCCUGCAGCUUCUGCAGCUCCUCCGAGGCGGCGUGCCUGCGCCCGGGGCUGCGAAUCUUUGGGCGAUGUGGCAGUUCUCUCGGAGGAGCUGGGUGCUGAUCGCUGCUGGCGGCCUGGCUGGACUGCUGUCACUGCUCUGCGUGGUGGUCGCCUUCUCUCGCGCGCUGAGCUUCUUCACCCGCGGGCUGAUGGUGAGCCUGUGGGUCUUCGCGGCAUUCGACGCGGCGGAGACGCUGGAGCACGGCGGCGACGCUAUGCUGGCGAGGAAGUUGGCAUUUUGGCCUGCGGCGCUGCUGUGGACCACGUUCACCUCAUUGAUGUCCGACGUGCCGGUGGUGGGCAGCCUGCUGAGGCUCUUGGACCCCAUGGUCUUUGCAUUGCUCAUGGUGGCCAGCGAGACCAUCCUGCGAAGAGUGGUGCAGCCCCUGCUGGACCUGGGCACUCGCCUGUCGGCGCGACUGCUGCUGGUGUUUACCUGGAGGGCGUUCAGAGUCACCAGAGCCUUGGCGCCAGCAGCGUUGACGAGGCGCUUGACCGGCGCUGCAAGGCAGCCGCUGGCGCUGCCUGGCCCCGAGCGUUCGCCUGCCCCGGCCGCUUCUCCCGCUGCCAGCCCAGCCGCGGCGGCCGCGGCCGCAGCAGCAGCCCCAGCCACCCCGGGUCCAGCUCCGGCCACAUCACCGAACAUGGGCUCGCGGCGCUCGAGCCACGCCAGUGUCGCAGCCAGCGCUGCCAGCUCCAACGGGGCCAACAGGGCGGCAGCCAGCGCCGCACCAGUCACACCAAUGACCACCACGCCCCGCGGCUCGGUGGCUACACCCUCGCCUGAGGUGCGAAGGCGAAAGAAGAAGGGCCGGUAGUACUACGGUAGAGAUUUGGUCGCCAAAGUGCGCCUAUGGAGACUUGGGAUUACAGAGAUGUGCACGAAUGCGAGUUUCUG